UCGGCACCAGUCGUACAUGGACAUUCGCCUAGAGUGGUUACUCAGCUUACCGCGUAAGACGCGUGUUGGAACUGGAAUUAGUGAUUCUGCGACCCUGGAAUUUAACUCCCUCAACAAAAUCAUCCAGUUUAAAAAUUCUCCGGAAUGUCGGAUGCCAGUCGUUGCACCAUGAAUAUCAGUGACAUAACCUCAAUCAUCGAUAAAUCACCUGCAUAAUUUCCAGUGAUCAUCAAUGUGAAAACAAGUGUCUCACCGCAUCACGAUGAAGUUCAUGAGUUUAAUUGUUUUGCUAUGAUGCCCCAUACUGAAUCUCCGAUCUUUGGAAAUUAAUUAAUAAACAAUAGGGACCACCUGGAGCCCCCACUUUCACAGGCUCGUGAAUUUGAAUAUAGCAUAGUUUUCAACACAAAGAAGGAGUUACAAAAGCAAGACGCCAGGGCAAGGCUCGCUGUCAAGGGCGCCAACUCGGUCUACCAUGCAUGCCUCCACAUCGUGUUCAUUCGCGAUAUUUCAGAUGGCGGAACUACGUCCAACGCGAUGACGGAUCUUCAACCGUCUCUAUCUGGAUAUCGCGGCCAGGAUGAGGCUUCGAUUCCUUCCAAUAGUGAUGAGAAUAUCUACAGAUACAACGAGAGCGUUGGUUUCGACAGUUUUACCCUUUUGCAUGAUGGGCGAGAAAAUGAAUCGCCACCACCUACACCUCCAGUUCGGGACGCAUCCAGCCUCAAGAGUGUCUGCUAUGGCCCAGGCCAUGAGAAAUAUCCAUCCUGGCCGAGUACUCGAGAGAGUGAAGAGAAAAAUGCCUCUUGCAAUGUAACACUGGGCUCGCACAGAUCUAAAUCAUGGACUGAUCACACCAAUUAUCCAAAAGAAAAAUUAAUUCAGUACACGAGACCGAUGACUAAGCGUUCAACCCCGACAUUUACUCAUCAAUUGAAGACUGUGAUGGAGAAGUGUGAAAAAAUUCCAGCGGAAUCGUUUGAAUCGCGCAAAAGUUGUGCCAACAAUCAGCAACGAGACCUGAGACUUUGGCCGCGCGUUGAUCGAGAAGGAAAAUCAUAUGGCGAUUCUGAAUAUGUUGUACCCUCACCGCCAGAGCGGGAACAACAUCAACCAUUGCAGACACUUAAUCAUGCUGAUUUCGAGGCGUACAUUCGGAAUUAUCCAGACUCACAAGUUGAUUGUUACAGUGGACCAACACUGACCCAAGAGGGCCUGGAAGAUUAUACGAGAGUUGAGCACGGCCAACAGGCUAGCUACGCACAAUCUGAAGGCUACCACAGCUACGUAUCGAGCCUCGAUUCCACAACGAAUACACCAUUUCUAGAUCGAUUGCGGAGAGACAGUGAAGCAGUUGCUCACAGAUCUACCUUAUCUACAUGGGAGGACAUAUCCCACGAAGGUAGAGACAGUGUUGUGACAACAUCAAGUGGAGGUAGUGCAUCAAGCAGUGAGACAUUAAAGUGGCAUGGAUCAUUGUCAGAUGUUAGUAUAUCUUCGGGACUUCAGGCACGUCGUUUGACCUCGGAAAAAUGGAAACACGCGUCGAUUUCUGACGUAAGCAGUGUCGAGGAAAGUAUUCAAAAAUUAACACUUUCCAAUGACUGCAAAUGCCAGUCAACCAAGACCAAUUCCAACGUGAAAAUACCUAAAGUCAUCGAAAAUCCAGAAUGCUUGUCCGGAAUUAUAAAUCAAUGUACCUUUGUCAAUACUGGCAUAUGUCAAAUGACCCUGGCGUCUAAGGACGAUUACAUUGGAGAUAGAUAUUUUCCCAAAACUGAUGCUAAUUCUCUGCACUCAUGUGCAUCAAAAUCCAUCAAUGAACCCAAAGAAGAGUGGGAUUUAAACGACGAUGGUGUCCCUGACGUUGAUCCCCCUAAUAUCACCGUGAACGGCACCAGCAAACAGCUCAUUGCCCAUAGUUCAAGAGUUCAAACGCCCCAGAGACAUCAUUCUGAGAGUAUUUUGUAUCUCGACAAGAAGAGAAAUCAACGAAAAUUCCAUCCAGCAUCAUCUCCCUUGGCAGUCCAUAAUAAUCAGAGCCUGAGGCUCUCUCCAUCCUCUCAACAACCUCAUCUAUCAGUCUCUGAUCGAGUUGAUGAAUUGGAGAAGCAGCAGCAAAUAAGAUACACUUACUUGGACCCAGAUAAACGUCAUCGAGUAUCAGAUCCAACUCUCAAGGCGAUCCAGAAGAAAGCUCUGCUAUCUUUCUACGAGAGGCAUCAUCAAUCUUCCUGGAGAUCGGAACCUCAGUUGAUACCAGGUGGUCAUGUACCUCACAACUCAUCACUCCAGCCAUCACUAAGAUCAAAAAUGAAUUCUCCUAGACGAGCGAGCUCCGCUUCUGACUAUGCCAACAGUAAUUGGCGCAAUAAUAACAAUAAUAAUAAUCAGCAGCAUCAACACCAGACGAAUAAGAAACCAAAUUCAUCAGAUUCACUCGAUCCAAAACACAAGCACAGCAACAGCUGUGGAAGUCUCUCAAGUGCUUUAAUGGGACCCAUGAUAAUUGGGACAGCUAUUUCAAUCGAUGACUGGGUACCAGAGAGACCACCUAAAAAACCACAUCUAAGAUCACUUUACACCGAUCGAAUACCAAGUCCAGAUCUACCCCCACCCUCGCCACCACCUGUUACUGAAAAUGAAGUUUACAAUUGUGACGAUCCUCUACCACCUCCACCCGCAGAGCUUCACAAUGGUAUUGGAGAAUUAUGUAAAACUAAUGUUUACUGUUCAGAUAAUUUUCAUGUGAAUGGAAACAAUAAUUCUAUACGGCGAUUGAAACAUGAAAAAAAAUUAACGAUCAAUAGCAGUAACGAUGAGUUCAGCCAGUUAUCGAUGAGGCAAACCGAAAAAGGAUGUUUUACGAGUAACCAUUCAACAGGUGGAAGAUCAAGUUUUCGAUAUCCAUCGUCGAAGUAUCUGGGGGAAAUAAAUAAUGGGAAAUUGCCGAAAAUUUCUGGUGUAUCUCAGGAUUAUGGGACUCCUGGGAGAAAUUAUGAACUUGGGAGUGAAGAAUCGAUAAAAUCGUGGGGAGCAAUGCAAGUCUCCACUGGGCGGCUUCAUCGGGACACGGGGAGCCUCACGUUCGGCCAAAAACCUCAGCCCCAAGUUUCCAGGAACCAUUCGAUCUCCAGCAAGCAAGCGCCUAAAGUCAACCACUCAGUGUUGUCGGAUUCGGGGAAGAGUUAUCAGUACUCUGAUUCUAACUCUACACAUAAGUUCAUUGAGAGUAACUCAAAGUCCUUGGAAGAGAAAAGUUCGAAAAAAUAUGACGAAUUGUCCCAGUAUUUUCCGUAUUAUCAACAACCACCUAAUUAUCCCUCACUAGAUAGCACUGAUGCACAGAGAAAUCCACAAGUAUCGCAUGCACAUUUGAGUUCGUUAUCACCUCCACCGUUGGCUCCACGGCAAAAUAUGCCUGGGGUUAAGUCACUGCCUCCACCGCCCCGUCCAGCACCACCCGUGCAAAUGUUUCACAGAAAGCCCUCAAAGACCUCAUACGCAGUACACAAACAUGAACGAGACUCGGCAGAUAAUAAAAAUUAUAAAAGCCCAAUGGCACCAGCUGCCCAUGUGCAGAAAUGGCCGGCAUACCAGAAGCGUGAUACUGCCUAUCCACGGCAAAUUUCAUCGAGUCAUCAUAACAGCGAAAAAUAUAAUUCACCAUCCUCUUACCAUAGCCAGACACUUGAUCGAAGAAUCAACGAAAAUCAAAACAUCAAUCACAGUGGCAUGGUUACUGGAAAACUGCUGAAUGGAUCGUGCGGACUUUUCCCAAAACAUUCAAAUGCAAUAGUCGACAAUAACAACAUUAAUAUGAUCGUGACUAACGAUUGUCCAGGUUAUUCAGAGCAUCCGCUUGAUGACCAAACGGCUACUCUCCAUAAUUAUAAAACUGAUAGAUUGAUAUUAAACGACGCUGAACCUUUUAAUGAUGGAAAUAGUCAGCAGGGAGAGGGCGGAACGCAUUCAGUUGUGACUACAAUAGAAAUUACUGGGGAUAAUCACCGCAGUCAGAAGGUAACCAUUGAGAUGACACCGAGUAACGUCCAAUGCGAGGGUUUUAAUCAAAAUGCAUAUUUAAAUCUCCAGCACUCGGCAGCAGGUUCUGCCGAUGAAAUCCAUGUUGAGAAUGUUGAAAAUAUUAGUGAUGAAAUUAUAAAUACCGUACAGUCAUCAUCGUUGUCUCACUCAAAUGAAUAUGAAAAAUCGCAUUCUAAGAAUAAUGAGGAUAGAUCGACGACAUCAACGAGCUUCUCUUGCCACAGUCCUGGGGAAAUUAUCGAUUACGAUAAUCAAUGCGACAGUAGUUUAAAAAAUUCACCUCCAGUGAAUGAUGAUGUUAUUGAAAACAUACAGCAUGAGAACUCACUCAGUGAUGGCUCUAGUCAAAAAGAAAAUUUAUGGACAAAGUCUGAUGCUUGUCAGGCUGAAAGUCUCUCUACAAAUUCAUUGAGAAAAAACCCACCGUCUGAAUGUAGGUCUCCAUUAUUAUCAACGAAAUUGAAGAUGUCUGAACGUUCGUAUUCGCCAGUAUCAUCAUCGUGCUCUCCGAUUGACAGUAGAUUAUCACCAUGUGUGUCACCUCAGCCUGGAAUUGAGGAGUUGAGGCUUCUUCAGAGGACCGAAGUAGUUCUCAGAAUUAAUGCCACACUCGAUGCAGCUUCUCAAACUGAGGUGAUUAAUGUUCAUCGAGUUGAGCCGGUAGAUGUGAUUAGUGAGAGAAUUAUUCCAGAGACGAGAAAAAAAUUACCAGAGGAAAUUGAGUGCGAAGAGUUGAGUAAAAAUCUUGCCGAUCAACUGGGACCUCAUGAUAAGUUGGUUCCGAUUUUAGUGCCAAUACCGGAUCACAAAAAAUCUUCGGAUUAUGUUUCCGAUAUUUUUCGGAUACAAACAAUUCCACCUCCUCGUUUUAAAUCAUCAGAAUCGCAUUUGCUGGAAAAUGACGGGGGAGUCGGAGAAGAACACCUGAACAGCAGAGGUUCGAUAAAUAAAACAACUACUCCACUGUCUCCAACAUCGGAAUAUUUUACGAUUUCUGAAUGCAAAGCUAGAUUUCUUGCUAGAUAUUCACACCAAAUUAUGGAUGAAGAAACUGCGAGGAUAGAUGAACUAUCGUCAAGCAGUUCUGCCAUCAAUAGCUUCGAUCUCAGGCAGAAAAAGGAGGAACUUGUACUCAGGUUAGAUCGCAAAGUUGUCGUAUUGCGGGCCGAACAGGAAGCUCUGCGCGAAGAGGACGAGACGAAUGAAGCACUUGGGGCAAAAGUUGCAACGAGAGUUUCUGCCUUAGCUAGACCGGCGGAAGUGUCGAAAUUCCGAUUACAUAUUGAAGAAAUAGGGAAGAUUACGAGUUUACUGCUGGGCUUGAGUGGUAGAUUGGCGAGGGUGGAAAAUGCAUUGCAUGGAAUGGCCAUUGAGCACCCUGAAAAGAAAAUUUUGGAAAGCAAACGAGACAAAUUGCUUGAACAACUUGAAGAAGCCAAAACUCUAAAAGUAAACAUUGACAAACGCAGUUCGAACGUCUCCGCAAUUUUAUCAAAAUACUUGAAUGACGAGGAGUUCGCUGACUAUCAACAUUUUAUCAAUAUGAAGACUAAACUGAUAGUGGAUAGUCGAGAACUUCAAGAUAAAGUUAAGUUAGGUGAAGAACAACUGUCAGCGCUCAAAGAUGCAAUUUGAUAGUGUCACCAGACGUGCAAUGAGGCUAAUUAAAUCGAACGAGUGCUGUGAUUAUAAUGAAAAACUUAUGACAAUUUACAUUAUUCCUGCAAUAAUGACUCAGUAUAAUGUAACCCGGGUGUUAAUGAGAGUAUCAUAUAUUUUGCUAUUGA